AUGCGCGAGUCCGUUGCAGUCCUUCGUCCGCGAAAUGCGCAUUACGAGGUAAAUGCGCGAGUCCGUUGCAGUCCUUCGUCCGCGGUCGCCGUACUCCCGAAAUGCGCAUUACGAGGUAACGAGUCCGUUAAGUCCUUCGUCCGCGGUCGCGCGAAAGCAUUCCGUAAAUGCGCGAGUCCGUUCAGUCCUUCGUUCCGCGGUCGCCUCCUUCGUCCGCGGUCGCCGUACUCCCGAAAUGCGCAUUACGAGGUAAAUGCGCGAGUCCGUUGCAGUCCUUCGUCCGCGGUCGCCGUACUCCCGAAAUGCGCAUUACGAGGUAAAUGCGCGAGUCCGUUGCAGUCCUUCGUCCGCGGUCGCCUCCUUCGUUCCGCGGUCGCCGUACUCCCGAAAUGCGCGAAAUGCGCAGUCCGAGUCCUUCGUCCGCGGUCGCCGAGUCCGAAAUGCGCAUUACGAGGUAAAUGCGCGAGUCCGUUCAGUCCUUCCUCCGCGGUCGCCGUACUCCUGAAAUGCGCAUUACGAGGUAAAUGCGCGAGUCCGUUGCAGUCCUUCCUCCGCGGUCGCCUCCUUCGUCCGCGGUCGCCGUACUCCCGAAAUGCGCAUUACGAGGUAAAUGCGCGAGUCCGUUGCAGUCCUUCCUCCGCGGUCGCCGUACUCCCGAAAUGCGCAUUACGAGGUAAAUGCGCGAGUCCGUUGCAGUCCUUCGUUCGCGGUCGCCGUACUCCCGAAAUGCGCAUUACGGUAAAUGCGCGAGUCCGUUGCAUCCUUCGUCCGCGGUCGCCGUACUCCCGAAAUGCGCAUUACGAGGUAAAUGCGCGAGUCCGUUGCAGUCCUUCCUCCGCGGUCGCCGUACUCCCGAAAUGCGCAUUACGAGGUAAAUGCGCGAGUCCGUUGCAGUCCUUCCUCCGCGGUCGCCUCCUUCCUCCGCGGUCGCCGUACUCCCGAAAUGCGCAUUACGAGGUAAAUGCGCGAGUCCGUUGCAGUCCUUCGUUCGCGGUCGCCGUACUCCCGAAAUGCGCAUUACGAGGUAAAUGCGCGAGUCCGAAAUCCGCGGUCGCAUUACGAAAUGCGCAUUACGAGGUAAAUGCGCGAGUCCGUUGCAGUCCUUCGUCCGCGGUCGCCGUACUCCCGAAAUGCGCAUUACGAGUUAAAAAGUCCUUCCUCCGCGCGAAAUGCGCAUUACGAGUCCUUCCUCCGCGGUCGCCGUACUCCCGAAAUGCGCAUUACGAGGUAAAUGCGCGAGUCAGUUGCAGUCCUUCGUCCGCGGUCGCCGUACUCCCGAAAUGCGCAUUACGAGGUAAAUGCGCGAGUCCGUUGCAGUCCUUCCGUCCGCGGUCGCCGUACUCCCGAAAUGCGCAUUACGAGGUAAAUGCGCGAGUCCGUUGCAGUCCUUCCUUCGCCGUCCGCGGUCGCCGUAAAUGCUCGAGUCCGUUGAAAUGCGCAUUACGAGGUAAAUGCGCGAGUCCGUUGCAGUCCUUCGUCCGCGGUCGCCUCCUUCGUUCCGCGGUCGCCGUACUCCUGAAAUGCGCAUUACGAGGUAAAUGCGCGAGUCCGUUGAGUCUUCGUCCGCGGUCGCCGUCCCUGAAAUGCGCAUUACGAGUCCUUCCUCCGCGGUCGCCGUACUCCCGAAAUGCGCAUUACGAGGUAAAUGCGCGAGUCCGUUGCAGUCCUUCCUCCGCGGUCGCCGUACUCCCGAAAUGCGCAUUACGAAAUGCGCGAUUACUCCGCGGUCGGUCCCGAAAUGCGCAUUACGAGGUAAAUGCGAGUCCGUUGCAGUCCUUCCUCCGCGGUCGCCUCCUUCGUUCGCGGUCGCCGUACUCCCGAAAUGCGCAUUACGAGUUAAAUGCGCGAGUCCGUUGCAUGCAUCGUAAUGCGCAUCGGAUCCGCUACCAACGGGAACGCCUCGCCUCCUUCCAGGACUUUAGCGUGGUGCCUCGUCAGGCGCAGUGCGGGGUCCGGCUACGCAAACGAGGCCGUCGACCGAAUCGCCCCCACUUACGCGGCAGCAGGGUACCGGCUGUCGCCGUCUCUUUUGCUGUCUGUCGUCGUCGUCGCGUCCGAAUUUCCCCCCCCAGGCCGUCCGUCGGCCACUCUCUCUUUUCAGUCUUUGCCAGACGAAUCGGUUCGGUACAAAUUUUGCAAUUCCGGGGGCGACUACGAAAGCUCCUCGAAACAUAUUUGGCCUUGGAUCCGUGUAACCACAACGAUGUGCUGUUCCCCAAACCCCGAGGCACACGCCCCCAAAGGCAAACCAAAACCCAAAACCUUUAA